AUGUCAUUAUUAUAUAUCAGUCAACAACUUAUAUUUUAUGGUGGUAUAUUUCUUAUUCUUGUCGGUAUGUUUGGUAAUGGUAUGAAUGUCUUGAUAUUUUCAAGUAUUCGUUCUUAUCGUACAAAUCCUUCGACAUUUUAUUUUCUUGUUGGUUCAAUAGAUAAUAUUCUUUAUAUAGUCAUUAAUCUUAUAUCACGCAUUGUUGCCACAGGAGGUGGAAUUGAUUUAACUCGUACAUCAAUUGUUUGGUGUAAAAUACGACCAUUUUUUGUCAGUACUCUUCCAUUAAUCAAUUUAACCUGUUCAUGUUUAGCUACAAUCGAUCAAUUUCUCAUUACAUCAAAACAUGUAAAAAUUCGUCGUUGCAGUAAUAUAAAAUGGGCACAUAAAAUUGUUCUCUGUUUUAUUAUAAUUUGGUGUCUCCAUGGAAUACCUAUAUUGAUAUUCUAUGAGAUAUCCUCUAUUACACAAACAUGUGGAAACACAAAUGCUGCCUAUGGUAUUUAUAUUAUAAUAUAUCUUCUAGGUCUGGUCACAAGCAUUCCAGCUAUAUUAAUGGUGUUCUUCGGAUAUUUAGCUUAUCGUAAUAUUCAUAUGACAAGAAAUCUUAAUAGACAAGACGUGGAUCGUCAAUUAAUGAGAAUGACUUUAUUUCAAGUAUUACUUAAUAUUGUGUGCAUAGUACAUUAUGGAAUAAAUAAUCUUUACAGCCUGAUCACAUCUGGAGUUAGUAAAGGUGCAGAUCGAUUACAAAUGGAAUAUUUUAUUAGUACAAUCCUCACUUUAUUAACCUAUGGCUACUUUACUGGAAGUUGUUAUAUGUUUUGGAUAUCAUCAAGUCGUUUUCGCAAAGCAACAAAAGAUCGUAUAUGUUUUUGGCGAAGACAAAACCAAAUAAAUCCACUUCCAACAAUUACAUAUGGAAGAACUGCAUUUGAAAUGAAAACACAGAGUUAA